AUGCAGGGGAGCCGCCAGGAGCAGGUAUCUUCUUCCUCCCUCUCGGGCUUCUCGCCGGCGCUGACGUCGGCCGUCGGGCUCCGCCUCCUCUCCUCUCCCGCCGGCCACAAGCACCUCCUCUUCUCCCUGCUUACACACGCUGCCACGAGCUCUCUGGCCUUCGCCACUUCGCUCUUCACCGGCCCUCGCCACGGCUCCUCUUCUCCUCCUCGUGAUGCCUCCACCGGACGAGCACGACGCCGCCUCCCGCGACCUGCGCAGCCUCCUGCGGCCAAUGCCGCUACCUCCAGCGGGACGCCACCUCCUACAGUCGCUGCCUCCUCCUUUCCCGGCUGCUGCCACCUUCUCCUGCAGCCGCUGCCGCCACCUCCGGCAGUCGCUACUGCUUCCAACAGGAGCCAGCCGUUGCCGCUGCCUCCGGUGGGUGCUGCCGCCCCCAGCGGCCAUCACCGCUACCUCACGCCGCCUUCGGCGGCUAUGAAUGCCACUGCCGACGCUCCUAGUGGGCAUCGACUCUUCUUCCAGCGGCCACCGGAGCUUCCUAUCGCUGUCACCGACGCAGACGCCUACAGUGGGUGUCGCCUCCAACGAUAG